UAACUAACAAAGUUAUUACCCUGUAAUAGCUUGGUAUUAACAAUGUUUAUAUCUGGGUAAUAUUAGAAAAAAUAAUAAUAAAGAUAGCAACGAGGCAACACUAUUUAGUAAUAGUAUAGUAAUAUUUUGGUAACAGCUUAUAUAAAUGAUUAAAAGGUAUAACAAUAAAAAUGGUAAUAAGGUGACCUUAAUGGGGUAAUAACCUAAUAAUAAUGGGGUUAUAUAGGUUGAUGUUUUCACAAUAUUAUUGGCUAAUGAUAGCGUAAUACCAUGAAAAUGCAUGAAAAUUCUUGGAAGUCAAAAUUGGUGAUUUACCAUAUUAUAAUGCUGAAACUCAUCCUCCCUUUUAUGUUAAACUUGCCAUUUGUUUCAAGGUAAAACUGUACACAUGAUUAAUGCUGUGACUUGUUACCUGGAACAACUUGUGGUCAUUUCUGUCCAAUCACCAUGAAUCAGGGCUGCGAAAUGUUAACCCACCUGUUUCUUUUUCUUGAAUUUUCUUAAUUUAUAAAAUAGAUUUAACUGAAGUAUAACACUUUUCCCAUAUUGUCUGUUUAACAGUUUAAAGCCCUAUAAUGACUAUUUCUUUUAACAAUGGACAGAUAAUCACCUGAUUUUGCAGUUCUCCUCAGCUCUGCACAGUGUUUUAGAUACUUUCAGCUCACUGUUUUGGUUUUGCUACUCUAAUUAGCAUCAUUUUCAGAUGCAGCAGGCAGCUGUUUUCAGCUGGAGCACCCUAAAAUCUGACUGUACGCUACCUGCUCAGCACCAAACAGCAGACAGACUAAGCACCUCAGUAAUGUCAGUGUCAGCUACUGAUGCAGAUGACCCGAUGACAGAAAACGCUUAUCUGAGCUACUCUAUCAUUGGCCAGGAGAGCAUUCCUGCCAACGCUGUCACCAAGACUAUGUUUGGUAUCAACAACGAGACAGGAACCAUCUACACAAGAGACGUAGGCCUGGACCGAGAGGUGGUGAAAAGUUUCCGAUUAAAACUGCAGGUUGGCGAUAUGGGAGGCAUGGGAUUAACGAGUGAAGCUGUGGCGUUCAUACAUGUCUCUGACAUCAACAACCACGCCCCACAGUUCAGCCCGGCCUCGUACAGUAUGACAGCGGUGGAGAAUCUAGGCCGGAUCGAGAAUAUGGACUAUGAGAUCGGCCGGGUGAAUGUGACAGACGGAGAUGAUCGUGGAACUGGAAACUGGGAGGCAAAGUACUUUAUUGCCAACGACCCUGAAGGCAACUUUGCCAUCAGUACGGAUCCUGCCACCAACGAGGGCAUUCUGACAGUGGUGAAGGGUCUGGAUUAUGAAGCACAGCAUGAGUACAUCCUAAUUCUGACGGUGGAAAAUGACAAUUUUCUGAGCACCAAGGCUCCCAACCUCCCAGCGAGCAGCGCUACAGUUGCGGUGACCGUCUUGAACGAGAAUGAAGCUCCACACUUCAGGGAAGACCCCAUACAGAUUGUUGUCCCUGAGUCUGUGGUUCCUGGGACUUUGCUGAAAAGCAAUAUCGCCUUUGACCCUGAUAAUUCUGACCUGAGGUAUGAGAUUAGCAGAGAUCCUGAGAGGUGGCUGAACAUCAACAGAGAGACAGGAGACAUUUCUGCCAGGAGAACCUUCAACAUGCGAUCUCUAAAUGUUAAAAACAAUAUCUACAAUGCUGUUGUCAAGGUUACAGAUGCUGGUGGUUUGUCGACCACUGCCACAGUGGCCAUAACACUGAAGGAGACCAAUGACUUCCCGCCUCAGCUCUUCCCUCUGAGCGGCACUGUGUGUAGGGAUGAGGGCCACAGGAGUUCAGUUCUGGUUGUGACUGCUGUGGAUGAAGACUUUCCUCCGCACGCUGCACCCUUCACCUUUGAGAUGCCUGAUGAGCUGUCAAUCAACUGGACUGUUAUUCAAGUCAACAACACUCAUGCUGUGCUUCAGCCCGUCGUAGAGCUGGAGGCAGGAGAGUAUGUGGUCACAGUGUUUGUGUCCGACUCUGGCAGCCCAGUUCUGAGCGCUUAUGCUCAGGUCAAUGUCACCGUGUGUCUCUGUGACUCCUUCGGAGACUGUAAGUCUGAGGCCAGGGCGAUCCUCGGCUCCAGUGUGGGAAUCAACUUCAUCGCUCUGAUCAUCAUCAUGGCCAGUAUUGCACUCCUACUGUUGCUGCUCCUGCUGGCUGUGGCGGUGACCACCUGUGGGAGACGUCACCAUAUCAAGAAAGGAACAGGUCUACUUGUCGGGGAAUCAGAAGACGACAUCCGUGACAAUGUCUUCAACUAUGAUGAGCAAGGCGGGGGUGAGGAGGACGAGAAUGCCUUUAACAUCGACCUGCUGUGGAAUCCCCAUGAUGCGCCUUCGACCCCGGGGUCCUACUACCCAGGGUCUGGUGUUCCUCGAGGCAAGCAGCCCCUCAGGAAGGACGCCCCUCAUAACCUGCCCUCACCUAUCUAUCCACGGAGGCCUCCAGCGGAUCCCACUGACAUUGAGGACUACAUCAAUGAUGGCCUGGAGGCUGCAGACAACGAUCCUAACGUGCCUCCAUACGACACAGCCCUGAUCUAUGACUUUGAGGGAGAGGGCUCACUGGCAGGCAGCCUCAGCUCCAUUGCUUCAGGCAGCUCUGAUGGAGACCAGGACUACGACUACCUCAACGACUGGGGACCACGCUUUCAGAAACUGGCCAACAUGUAUGACCCACGUUAACGGGGACAGCUCCCCACAGAAAGACCUGUGUGCUUCACCACCAGUUAGGGACACGGAUAAUGCCGCAGGUGUUUUUUCUGGACACAUUUAAAAAUAUUUUAGUCCAGGACAAGUGUGCCAAAGCAAAAAAUAAAUGCUAUGCAAUACCAUGGGCCUUUAAUCUGAUGUGCCUUAGGUUUUAUUGUGGUCAUUUGGACACAGCUGACAAAGUGGCUCAUUACAAAGUUGUGUAGUUAAGCUUAGGAAAAGUAAGUGAGACUGAAGUUGUGAAUUGACAUUAUCCGCAUCGAUGAAAGGGGCUGAGCAUGCUACAAGGUAACUGAAUUUGUGUUGCAAUGAUUGUCCAUGUCUUGUUUAUCCUCAGACUUGGAUUGCUCAGUAAUGAUGCAUACAACAAGGCUGAGAUAUUUAAAUAAAAUCUUUAUGUAUUUCUUUUUUUAUAUAAGUGAUUAUUUUAUAAAAAACUAUUUGCUUUGAUAUUCA